AUGUACAAAAAGUACUAUAAUAAAGGCAGGACCCCGGUGCUUUUCGGGGUAAGCGAUUGGGUAUUGCUAAGUACGGCAAACAUUAAAAUAAAAAGGCCGUUAAAAAAGCUAUCGAACAAAUGGUUAAAACUUUUCCAAAUUUUAAAAAUGGUUGGGUUAACCGGUUUAGCGUUCCGGUUAAAACUCCCGGUAAAUUACCAAAUAUAUAACGUAUUUCCGGCAAAUUUGUUGCGGGCGUUUAAAAAAAGGCCCGGCGAAAAACCAAAAAAUAAAAAACCAAAAAUCGAAAGAAAAAAAAAAGAUCGUUUCGAAGUAAAGGCCUUGCUAAAAUACAAAAAGCUUUUGCAAAAACGAAAAUAUUUGGUUAAAUGGAUAAGUUACGACGAAUCGAAAAAUUUGAUAAGGAAAAUACCGGAUUUUAGCGGCCGUAAAAUAUCGUGCUUUAUAAAUAAAAACAUAUUUCGGAAAGCCCGUAAAGGGCAUGCUUGGCGCAAUACGCUAAAGCAAUUACCGUACUUUAAACGUAGCGGCAAAUGCAUGUCGGCGGUAUUUAAACCCAUUAAGGGGCGAAAAAAAAGCAUUUUAAAAUUAUUUAUUAAAGCAUUAAAACUUAAUUGCGCUAGCAAUUUUGCGCUAAAUGCGCUUUUGGAUAACGGUUUAACGUUCGUAACGCGCAAAUUGUUUGGCCGAUAUGGUAUAAAAAGAUUUGGCUUUUUAAAUGGCCUUGCGGGCGCGAAAUUGGGUUUUAAUAAGCUUUUCGAAAAGUUCCGGUAUUGCUUUGGGCAAUCGCUUGUAAACGUUUUAAUAUGCUUAACAACCAAAACAACGGUUACAAAAUACCGUACGCUCCGUAUAAUUGUUUUUAAAAAGGGGCAAAUAAAUAGGGUUUUAAUUAUCGCUUUAUUAAAAAUCGAUAACUUUUUGCAACGGGAGCGCGUUGCAAAUACUUAUGUAAAGCGAGGAAAAGGCAAUGUCCGUUUUAAGGGCAGGUCCAUUGGAAUUAAAAGCGUUGCGGCGGCGCUCGUUGCGCGCUUUACGCUUUUUUUCGGCGGAGGUCUUUUUGCCGCGGCGGUUAAAACCCGCCGGGGGGUUACCGGUAAAACGUUUGCGGGAGUUUUAAAAGGCUGCAAACGUAAAAGGGCCCGAUAA